GAAGCGUACUUGUAGCAGACGAGACGCGGCCUGUCCCGACUGCUGGAUAAUCGAUACGGGACGACGGCGUAUUCGUUCAUCAUGGCUGUCCUAUUUCACUUCCAAGUGUUUAAGAUUAUUGCUCUUCACUCCGUUGUCUUCGUGCUUUCAGUUGACUACACUUUGUCGGCGGAACAAAUCACAGCCUGCGACCCGGCGCGCGUGACGGCAUGCGUGGGGGACCUACGCAAGAUGUCCAGCGACCCCAUGAAGGACCUCGAAGUGGCUGAGGACGUCGCUGGACUUGAGCACAAGUGCAGGGAGAUGGAGGAGGCCAAGAGCUGCCUGGAGCGCGAGACCUCGUUCUGCCCGGAAGAGAUACGCAGCAUCUACAUGAACUACCUGCGGCCGGUGACCGCCUCCUUCCAGGACCUCUGCAACGCCGGCGAGACCAGAGACGAGUACCUGAAGUACGCUCCCUGCUUCGGCCGCAUGUCUCGGCGCGACGGGCCCUGCAGCGGCAAAUACGAGAGGCUGAGCAAGCUCAUGAGCUCCGAGAUGGACUUCACCCAGCAGCACAACAGCACGCUGCCCCAGUUCUGCUGCUACUUCUACGCCUUCUACAACUGCUACCGGGCCCAGACGGAGAAGCAAUGCGGCGCGCAGGCGUACCGGCUCUUCGAGCGCUACACGGGCUACCUAAGCAGCAGCCUCUUCACCGGGUCCUGCGAGAAGCACCUGAACCACACCGAGUGCGACGCGGUUGCCUCGUCCACCACCGGCCGGGCACCGGCCCUCGGGGCCUGCGGGCUGCCACUGCUGGCGCUGGCCGCCGCCGCGACGGCGCUGCGCCGGCGUUCGUAGACGGCCGAGCUCGGCACGAUGUUCUUCGCCGAGCAUUUGCUAACGGGGGACUGCCAAGCGGGAUCGGAAGGUGACGCGGAUGCCGAGUGGGCCAAGGCUUACUUUUCGCUGUGGAUCUUUUUUGCUCGAUCUCUUCUCGUAGCAAGGCCGAGUCCUGUCCGCGUUUUGCCGGAUUAACACUCGCUGCAGCGCCGGUCGCCUGUAUGUAUAAGGUAUGACGAACUCCACCCCCUUCAUGUGCACUACCCUUGGCACGCGUUCAGCACAGAGACUCCCACUGGCUGCAAACCUUUUCCUCGGGGAGCCCGUCACUAUAUGGCGGCUCAUUGCUAGCAUUGACGUAAGCGGCCCCGUUAUGAGAGCGUCAAAGAACCGCGCAAGCGGUCGCGGAAUUAGUCUCGAUUAGAGCGAUUCUGGAGCUCGUUUAUUGCUUUUGGCCCUAAAAAAGAGGCAAAUAAAGCGGUUCGAAGCGGCAGUACUUACAGUGGAUCUCACGUGUGCAUGAGGCGUCAAGGGAACCUCCGAUUUGGCGCGAGUACUAGACGGCAACGGCGAGACAGACGCGGCUCUAGACUUUGGCAGCAAUUGUAGGGAGUUUAUAAUUUAUGUGGCAAAAAACUGUGUCGCAACGUUGCUUGAAGAAGGCCCCUUUGCGUUGCUUGAAGAAGGACUUCUGCUCCUGUCGUUUUUGACGCGCGGCAACUAAAGCUCGGCUAAAGCGGCACACGCCCGAUCACACGAUGCGCGCGUUUUCUUCACUGCCACACGUUAGAGUCUUGUUGGGUUCUCCAAGCGCGUGACAUCAAUGUUAUAUAUUGGUUCAACGUACUUGUUUCAUCGCAAAAACACCCAAUAACGUUCGGCGAAAAACCCUGCUUGUGCCGCUUCAUGCAUUUUCUCAGCAACCGCGCGGCGUGCAGUGCAAGGGAGAAGGAUAUUGUGCGCGUUCGUUCCCUUGCCGUCCCAUCUAUCCUUCAGUCGGGCGAAUGUCCGGUUGCCAGCUUGUCGGAAUAUUUUUUUUUAAUUUUUUUGAGACUACGAUGGUGUUGCUUUCUGCGUCGGAUAUAUAAUGAGAGUUGCAAUAUGUCGGACACGGAUUUGGCUUCGUCCUAUGCACCAAUAGUAGCUAAAAUGUAUCAGGAGAGGCGUUUCAUCGUAGGUGUUUGCAGAAAAUUUGCACACCUGAUGAUUGUGAGCAACCAGCCGACUAGGGGUUAAUCGCAUCGCAUGUGAUCUUGACACGCGAUUCCUAUGGAGAUUGCAGGACGACCACUUGAGUCUCGCCUUUUUUCGCCUCCGUGCUCAGCCUUAUGCCCGUCCUCGGAACGCCUGCGGUUGUGAGCAGGUGCGCUUUCCAGAACUGUUGCGCGGCUUUCCACGCCUCUGGUGGUGGGUGCACACGCAGCAAGAGAGAUCGCUGCACGUUAAGAAAAAAUAAAAGAGAGAGAGAGGACCUGCCAGACAUGACACAUCGCGAGCGUGUCACAUGUGAUGAAAGGAGAGCUGCUGUUCGAGCGUAAACGGCAGCCGCUGAAGGCAGCGAGUGACAGUGCCUCAGGCUCAAUUUGUCAUCACGCCAUAAGUCGUUCGUGCCAAUUUCGAUCGGGCGUUUAAAGCUGCUUCAACAAUAUUCCUCAUUAUCUGACAAACACUGUCUACCCCCGACGUGAAAGGCGCUUCCUAACGUGAUUUGACGCGGCUUCGGGCAGCAUGCUUCUUGCUGUUUCAAAUGUUGGAACACACAACCUACCCAGCACAUUUCUUUUGCCUGCAUAGAUAAAGCAGCUAUAUAGGAAUCGCCAAAUUGUAAAUAAGGUCGCCUUCCACUGCCCGCUACUUCUAAAACAACUGACGCCGCCGGCACUGAUUGAGUAUAAGCAGCGUCGGCGAACGGCAACGGAAAACAAAAUCACAAUGAUUGCUACCGAACAAGCCGUAAGAUCUCGAUAUUUCUUCCGGUUAUGCAAUGCGAUGGCGGAGUGGUGUUUGGGGUACGGCGUGUCGUACUUGUAUUUCUGGCAAGUGCACCUUCGCUUAGCGUGCCACGUGCAACGAUUCAAUGGCGUACGAAGCGCUCGAGUUAAUCUCUCGGCAGCACUGGAAAAGCACUGUGCUCUCCUCAUUGGCUGUCGGUCAGCAGGAGUCAAUUGACAGCUGAGCCUCUCUCUCGCACUCCUUCAAAGGGGCAGGCGUCUGUUAUGACAUCCUUAUUUGUUAGCUAUCAUUCAUGAAGGCCGGAGAAAUUGAGGAACCCCUUUGUCAUGCUAACGUUAAACAGAAUUAUUUUCUUGCUCCGUAGUUUUGCUUUGAGAACCUUGUCUUACUUCAGUGACUGUGGGGUCCGCCUGCGGACAGCAAGGUCACAGGUUUGUUUCCUGGCCGAAAAAAAAAAUAACUGAAAAUAGGCAGUGCGGCUGAGUGCAAUUCUAAGGCACCAAAACCGGAAGAACCACAGUUGGUUCUUCUCUCCUUGGGAGCAAAGCGUAUAAGGCACUGCUUCACAGCAUUCGUCAAAUGACGACAGAUGUUUUUCGGACGACACAGCAGUUCUUCGACGUCUCGAAUUCCAACUGGCAAAAUAUUCUUUCCACAGCGCGGGGUGUGACAUAGCGCGCAGUUUCUUUUACUGCCAUGAUCGUCAUUUUCGUCGAAGUUGUCGUUUCGGCUUGUCUCUGUCAUCAGCCUUUUUCAGGCACCGUAAGUUCGUUCGCGAUCACUUCGUGCAUAAGGGAUAAAUAAUGCUCGUCGUUUUAGCGAGCCGGAUACUGGAUCCUUCCACCGCACGUCUGUUUACUGUGACUUGCGGAAUUUCGGUUUUCGAGUUGCGUUGUUUGCGGCAGCAGUGAUGUGGUUGUGUUCAUUAGUUUGUACCGUGCCGUGCUCGUUAUCUCACGCGGUUGCUGGGUCGGCCUAGAUCGGGGCAUCUUUGUGGGUGCAAGCGAGGGAGCCGAUCUGACGACACUGAAGAGCAGCACUACCGGCACUUUACCAAUAUUUUUUGUAUGUGUUCGUUUGCAACCGAUGCGAAUUUUGCUCCAAGUGAAAUGUUGUGCAGUCUUGGCAAGUUGCGGCGCGAAAGCGGUUAAUGCGUUGAUCACUAUUCGUGUUCCCUUCGCUUGUGGUGUACAAAGAGCUUACAGAGGCGCCUGCCAAGCUCACUGCAAGCCGGAAAGACGAAACGUGCGAAAUGCAUCUUUGUGUUGAACAGACACGUGGGCGGCAGAAAAGCGGUCACCGUACCUACGCACAGGAGACUAUCAAAAUAAUAUUGUGUUGGACUUCAUUAGGGGUGUCUACUUGGCUGAAUCUUUGAGUUCUUUCAUCAAAUUUACACAUACUCGGUAAAACACAAUCUUCUCGCGGUUGUUCACGUUCUUGGCCGUGCGUGCUGUUGCGCGGCUGUCCGAGAAGGUUCAUUGCGUGCCUCGUUUCAGUCCUGCCGAUCGGGCCGUCUCUCUGCACCUGCAGGGCUGGCUGCUCCCGAACUCUUUGCGGCCUUGGGGAACUUCACCUGCCUUCACUCCUUUCCCCACUGCCUCUUGUUCCCCACCGAUGUGCUGUUUAUCCACGGCCUCGCGAGGGUUCUUGUGAUGAAAGAAUAUUUCUUGCGAAAGACUACCUAAGUGCUGAAGGGGUGCUCCUAAUUGUUUAAUUCAAGUUCUAAUGUAAAAAUCCACCCAGUGGGCUCGGAUUCGUUUUGGCCCCUCACGGAACCCUAAAAUACCGUUCGUGAAAACCCUGAGAUUCGCGGAACCCACUUUGGAAACCCCUGCGCUACACCAUGACAGAUUCGACGUAAUGUACUCCACCAACAGGAAAGCCUGCAUGCAACCAACUCGUCGAAGCGUCGGCUGUAGUCUGAGGCUUCCCUUGUCAGCCCGUCGGUUGAUGAAGGCAGAGGUUCGGGUUAUCAUGCUGCUAUCCUAAGUAGCGCUUCAAAAGACAGCUACCGACAUGGAAACGACCACAGAUGGCGCUGUGUGCUGUCGCCCUUCUGUCCGUUCUUGUCUAUUUAGCGCUAUCGGCUGAUAUCACUUCCACUUCCUGAUGUUAAAUGAAACGAACCCGUGCCCAAGUGCGGCUGUAUGUUGCGGCACCCUCCAGGCCGUGUGAGUAUAAGUUGGGCGCACUUUUCAUCCCAACUGGGGCGCCAUGUUUUCAUUGUUGAUGCUGAAUUCUCGUUGUUUUAUGUUUCCACAAAGCAUUUCGUGCGAAAUUGGUAUCGGCCAUUGGCCGGCCGCCUUCUCCAACUUUACGAUUGGUUGCAAUUUGCUCCCGCAAACAAUUUCACAUAUUGUAAGAGCUUUUCUGUAAAUACGGGCCGUGAUGCCCCGCACUCUGAAACGCUGCCUUGUAAAGGCUACCUUCGCCAUUUAACUUUGCUGGUGAACUCUUGAUGUUCUCACUAGUCGCAACGUUAUACAAAUAAAAUGUUUUUAUGGUAUGAUUUAUACGUGCUUAUCUCAAGGACGGCAAAUUGUCGCGACAUUUCACUUGGCACCACCUAGCCUCGAAGAAUAAAUCACAAUAAGCAGUGAUAAUGCUUUAGGCUUUUGACGCUGUAGCGAGGUGUGUGGGAAAAAAAAGAAAAAAAGUGAUGAAUCGCGGUGAAGCUGAAAUCGCUCCAUAAAAUUUUUUUACAUGGCUUAUUUUUGAAAUACGCGCGCGUGAUUCACCUUUAUCGUGAGUUCUUCGGAGUAAUGUACCGAUGUUGUUGUUGCAUACUAAAUACAACAGCUUCACUAAGACCUACGUCACUCAUGUUUCUGAAAGUUGCAUCUCAUCCAGUCAUGCUCGUUAACACGCUUACUUUUACAGAAAGUUUGUUUACCAUCUAUGCUUCCCCGGACUGCUCACUGCGAUGUAAAUUUGGAGUGUUCACCGUCCUUUAAGGUUUGUGUACUUUUAGCGCGUUUUCUUCUUUCGCAGCGUUCGAUUUUGCCCUGGUUAUACUGUACGUGUGGAACAUUUGCGUUUUACCGUUUGCACUAUUUAGAGAGUGUCAUUUAAAAGAAAUAAGACUUAGAAGAAACGAUCUUUUAUACGCAGUGUCAAAGCCUGAAGUUUCAGAGAAACAAUAACCGCGCACUAACGAUCAAAACGAGACUUGUGCACUGCCGCUCUCUGGAAGUUCAGCUAUUGAAAUACCCGUGUUCUGGUGCCAUUCACGAAUCCUCGUCCACUUUGGGUUUCGUUGCUCCGAAGUGUUGAUGACGGAGGAUCGCUUAGAACACGUCUUCGCUAUACCCGCGGUAUAGCUCAAUAAGGUUACAUACAUUGUUACUUUUAAAUAAGAUACCCCAAAUGUUGUCGACACCACUGUUCGCUCGUUUAAAAUCUCUGAGAAUACAGGCGAUACUCUCGGCUAAUUUACACCGAGUCUUUUUCCCGGGCAAAACGAUAUGAUAUUAGUGGCAUUUUUAUGCAUGGUCAACAGCGGCUGACUGAAAGAUACCACAGAGCAGUGGCAUAAUGUACAGAUCCAAGGGAUUAGCUAUUGAAGGACGGAUUUGACUGCCCACGAUAUUGAGCCGACAAUAGCGGGGGGGGGGGGGGGGUGGAAACACUACCGACAAGCGGCAGGAAGAGUUGUCGUCCGCUCUAUUCCUGCUUCUUGUCCGUAGAGAGCCGUUUCGCUUUUACUGGUCGACUAUCCUUUCUUCUUUAUUCUUGCGAGAAGGGGCUGUUGAUGUCACGUGCGAAAAAGCACGGCGUUGGCAGGUAGCAAGCUCUGCGGCCUCGUUCGGUGGCCGACAUUCAGGACGCACGAAAGGCGCACCACCCUUUCGGCCACGUCACGUGGUGCACGCGACGCGCACAGAACGCAACCGUCGCGGAAAUUUCGGCUCGUGCCCUCCAGCGUUGGCCGCUUUAUUUAGCGCAAGAAGGCUCCCAAACUGCGUUUCACGCAACAAGCUCUUACAAGUCGUGCAAGCGAGGUCUUUUUUUUUUGUUUUGUUGCACAAGCGCACAGACUUAGUGCCACCGCGUGUGAAAACUUGAAAGUAUUCUUUGGCUGGCAUUGAAUGCGUUUUGCGUUCGCUUGUAGUAGCAAUGCAUAGCGGUAAACGAAACGGAAAGCAGCCCAAGUUCCUGCGGACGAGUCCAGACUUUUUAUAGUGACGCCGCUCAUUGACCGAAACAAAUAACUCGUUUCACAAGAUGAGUUAUCCAGGAACCAACGUAGUGCAAACAGAUUCAUAAAAAAAAAAGAAAACAGGAAGGCAAAUUGAGUUUGUUGGGAACAAAUUCCUAUUCAACUACAAAAUUUAUUUAUUAUGGCACACGUGCAUUUUGCUGCUGUAUCAAGGUAUGCUGUAUAGCCAGGUGGGUGACUUUUCCUUGAAUAUAACAACUUAUAAUUAUCUUGGAUUGGCUCGUCAACGCACAGCCCGAGCGUUGCACAAGUGACAAAUUGAAGUUGUACAGUCGGGAAUUGAAGUGAUGAAACCUUAAAAGCUUAGCGUGUGCCGCGCAAUGGAAGAAAGCACGUCGUCAGUGUUCGUUCACAAGAGGAGCGCCAGGUUGCAAUAAUCAAGAGUUUUCCUCGACGUUGCGUCUUUUUUCGAGGGAAUGAAAGCUCCUGUGCAACUAAGAUACUUUCCUAUCGCUUGUUCUUGGUGUUGUCGGCACGUGUUUGCAGAGCGCUGUAAUCGUAGCAUCUGUACACAAUAGAUUCACUGUAUGUGCGUCUGGCAGUGUCUUAUAUGGCCGAAUGUCCUGUAGAACCAGCAAGCGCAGUGCCACUUUCAGUUAGCGCAAUUCACUCAUUUUUACUUUCUUAUUUGGGGUCUACUAUUGAGGAUUUUUGUUUAACAGGCUCUUCCGCAGCCCAUUUGCUACUUAGUAAGCAAUGGCAUAUUCUACAAAAAAGUGUUAUAUACAAUAAGUGAAAAGGGAGGCUUUCUUUCUUAUUGAGAACCUCAGUCCUUACAAGGCGAGAUAAAAACCACAUCAUCCUAAAUCGAAAGAGACAAGAGUGACUGCAUUAUAAACAUAACGGGGUUGAAGCACUGAUACCUGCUGAAUUCCAAUUAGUGCACAUGGGAUAAAGAUUUAUAAAAGCGAUAAAACCCCCAUGCUUAUCUUUGCUGUUAAGCAACCUAUCAAAAUUUGUAUCGACAACAGUUAGGUAAAAACGCCGAACUGCGAACGCCCGCUUUGUGCUUAUAGCUACAAUUCUUUCCGUAAAGUGCCCUUGCCGUGAGCUUUACUGGAUUUCAGCACUGAAUGAUAUUGCCGCUUUGUUGUGCACAUUCUCUUUUUCUGUCAAAUAGUUGUACUGAGCCCAGGCCACAUUUGCUGUAAUGUUCGUCUUUCGAGGAGCCCCUUUGUUCUUAACUGUGGCAUGGCUUCGGCGAUCCCUCAAAUUCAGCUGUAUUCACAGGUGUAUCAUACUUUUGCAAUUUUUAAUAGACAUGGUCAUUCAAAGUGGCCUUUACUGCCUUCGAUUAUCGCUAUGGUUUCUUGAAUUGUGCAUAAGGGAUUUUAGAGAAUCGCUGUCGGGAAAUUCCUCUUUAUAUUGAUUGUGGAGGUGCUGAGCGGAUUUCAAAAGUGCUUUGUUUUUCAAAUCCCACAAGAUCGUGUAAUGCUUUGUCCCAUAAAAGUGGUCACAUAGGUGCUUUCGAGCGAUCUUAGCACUGCAUCGCCAUUGUGGCUUUCUUUAUGGCUUAUUCGUGUUUGAACCACGGAAACCUAUAUACGAACUUGCCAUCUUUGUGUCGUAACGUUCUGGUUUGACCCUUCUCCGUUAUCUGGCACUUCGAAAGAGUGCAGAAACGCCACGAUACUGGUCGUUUGGCUUGCGGAGCGUAUAUAGUUGUCAGCCCGGCAGGCAAGACCCAAGGGAGGAACAAACGGCGGAUACUGUGCUCCCUUUGAAAAGUUGAAAUCUGUAGCUGUUUAUCAAGACAUGGCAACAGACAGGACAUUGAGGCCAUAUGCGUAAAAAGGGCGACGCAGCGGAGAAAAAUAAAAUAUGCGAUAUCGAUCCCGCCGGCCUGGCGAAAGUAUAAGGUUGUGUCUAAUUCUUGUUUUUCUUCUUUUUACUGUGGUUUGUCUUCUUCAGUGCCAUGAGCUCCUAGCUGUUGCUUAGUUCUCAGUGUGUGGAUUGUAUGAGCGCUUGUGACAGCGGAGAUUCCUCUGCGACUGACUGGCUAUUAUUUUUAUUUUCUCUCCUUAUCUGUUCUUUCCCCUCCCCAAGUGUAGGGUAGCCAGCCGGGCACGUCCUUGGUUAACUUCCCUACCUCCGCCUCUUCGUUUCUCUCUUUUCAAUGUGUGGCAGCGUGUUGAAUUGUGCUGGUUGGUGCAUUACUGAACUUGAAGGAAACAGCGCCAGAACAUCCAUAUAGCAGCGCAUGGUAUACACUGAUAUACCAGCGCCGUGUUUCUCUCCUCUCGUCAUCGUGCUGUUUUUUUAGCGUUCUUUUAUUCGCGUUCAGAAGACUAAUGCAUCUUUCGCCUUUGUCCUGCAUAUGCGCUCAUUCUGUAUGCCCCACCUGCGUCACUGGUAGGUGAAUUUGGCACUAAAACAGUUAAGGGUAUGUGUGCAAAGAGCUGCGAGCUGUUAUGGAUACUUACUACGCCUAGUGCACAAGCAAAGUUUAAAAGGGAACCAUCGGUGUACCAAGGUUGCGAUUGUUAGGGCGGACUUUGCUUUACCGAAGCUGCCAGAGUCUUGGUUCGCAUGAAGGCGCUGGUGCGCGCGCAAUUUGUAUUCUCUGUUUAAGCAGCAUUUUCGGACGCCUAGUUCCUGCCACGUUCGCGCGUACGCUUUCUUUCCAAGGCGGUGCUUACCAGUCAUUUGUGCCAGUGGCGGUGUGAAUAAAUGCGCUUUCGCCAAA